AUGGCAUCCUUGACUGAGGACAGCCUGCCAUCGGAGCACCUCGCUCAGCUCGAAUCACUGAAUCGACGGUAUUGCGGGCAGGUGAGUGUCUCUAUGACUACCACUCGCGGACUGCAUCCUUCGCCGUCUGUGCUUCAUGAAGCCAAAGCUGACGCCAUGCUCCCAGGAUUUCGAACCUAAUGCCGCUGGCGACGACGCGCGCAAGCAACAUCAAGAGAGUGGGGAGAAUGCCAACGCGUCUGUACAAUUACCCUCGACCGUCCAGGAAUCCGCGAGCGCAUACCUCUCCCCCAAUUCAUCGCCAAUAGGCAAACCUAAACCGGGUACCCACGCGUCGCACUCCGCGCCAGGCGACUUGGAAGCUAUGCUUCCUCAUUCAACUCCUUCGCAGGAGGCGUUCGCGGAGCUGACAAAGGCGAAGAGCUUCCCUGCUGGAGAUGUGGUGGAACCAGAGCACGAUACGCAGGAGAUGCCGUCGCAGGUCUACCACGAGGAGAUUAGGAAGUCAAUGGUGAAAGAUUCAAGGGCCACACCUGAGAGACAGCAGGAAAGCUUCCCCAUUGAAGAGUCGGAUACGGAUCAGAUAGAAGAUGGCGAUAAGACGCAGCGGACGGUUCGAGAAGGCGAGACUGGACAUAUCGAUUUGGUCACGGCAUGGCCAGAGACCUCAUCCCCAGCACGUUCGACGCAAGGCUACGAUGAGCUACUUGAGGCUCCGAAUUCCGAUAGCCCGCAGACGGAGUUCAAGAAGCCACCGCGACCGUUUGAGCCAGCCACGCCUGCGCCUGCUCUGGCUGGACAAAAGCAUGAUAGGAAUGGCGAGCCGUUUACUUCUGAAAAAUCGACAACGAAGAAGAUGACGGGCUUCUCGCAGAUGUUCCAACACACGGCGGACGGAAUCCUGAGCGGCACACAAUUGUUUGAUCAGACUCAGACACGCUCAUCGCCAAUUCAGGAGCCACUCCGUUCGAGUCCUGCACUUACUCGCCCUUCUCCCAAUUUUGCCCAGAAUGAGCCGCGCAUGGAAGCUACAUCAGAGUACGGCUUCUCUUCGCCAGUAAUGCCUAUGACUGCUAGGCCCUCGUCUUCAUACUCGAUAAACGAGCCUCGGGGUCACUAUACGACUACCAAGGAGUCUCAGGAGCGUAAGGCGCGAAAGAAGCUGGAACGAUUCGAGCGAGACCGGGCAAAGGGCUUCGUCCGAAAUGACAUGGACGAAGAAGAUGAGUCCCAGCAGCGUCGCAAGUCCAAAGCACUCCAGCGAUCGAGGAGCGCCGAGGCAAUGGCGGAUCUUCGCCAGCUGCGUGCUCCCGAGCGCCUAGGAUCCCGCACAUAUGGCAAUCGAAAGCAGCGUGAAACAAUAAACUUGGUCACGCCCGCGAUCCGGCGCCAUCAUGAGCCUCAAACCCGCUCGGAACCCGUGGACGAGGAUCUUGAUCUACUGGAUGACCGGGAGCCGAACGAGAACAUGGAAGAUGACGAGACAGUGGAUGAUAUCGACGAGCUUGCUCUCGAUGACGACGACGAGCGUGGCGAAUUGCAUGAGCUCAGCGACAAUGAUGAGUACGAUGAGCUUGGACAGACUCUGAGGAGCCAAGGAAAUGAGCCGGAGCGCUAUGAGGAGGAUGGCUCAGUCGCAGAAGGCGAUGCCACGGAUGACUUCGACUUGGACAGUGGAUUGCAAAACGUAGAUGGUGAGGCCGCGCCUGCGGACGGGAUUCUGGAUCAAAGCCAUGUCAUACAACGCACACAAGGGUCAACCAUCGCAGAUUCUCAGCCACCUGCGCAGCAUGCCACAGUCGAGCGAUCACCCAGGCACCAGCUGCAUCAUUCGCCAUUCGUGCCUGGGUCGCAUUAUGAGGAAAAGACGAGUGAGGAGCAGGUGAUACUCGCGUCUUCCCAGCGGAGGUCACAGAAUCGAGUUCCUGCAUCGCAACUCAAAAAUCAAGCAGCCGACGAGGACAGUGUUCCUAGCAGUCCUCCGCUACAGCCAGCACUUGACGACACUCUACCCAGCAACUCUGAUGAAGCGUCAAUGCAGCGGCGAGAAUUGCUCCAGGAAUUCAAGAUUCGCAGCCGUUCUGCAGAGCAAGAAGAAUCAUAUUUGCCGCGAGAAAUCCCUGAGAGCGACAGACCGGACCUGGAAGCUUAUCCCGCCAAAGAGGAGGAGAGCCAAGGUAGUAACUUCGCUGUUCCCUACUCCACGGCGAGAACGCAUGUCAGCGGCUCUGCGCCUUCACCGGCGAAACCAGCUCCGAGUCAGGCCAGCAGCUUGAUAGAUCCUUCGCCGCGCAAAGCGGCCGGCGUUCGGCACUUUGGUGACAUGGCCGGAAUUUAUAGGAGCAACUCCAGCUUUGAUGUCACUGCAGAUGUGGACGCUGUCAUGAACGGAAUCAUGACCGAUGACGACCGCAUGGUUCUAGCAGCUACAUCGGAUUCUCUAGAACAACCGAGAACAAAGCGGCGCAGGCUCAACAAGGAGGUCUCCUCCAAUGCUACAACAUCGGAAGCCAAUUCGGUUCUUCCUUCUACUCAUGCUACUUCUGACGUCGAAAUGCAAGGUGAAACGAAUCCGCCGGGCGAGAGCAAAGCCGCCAUACACAAGAGUCCAGAUCUCGCAGUCGAUAAGGAGCAGCCAGACGCGCUCCGGGAUCGCUCAAGCAAGGGCAACGAAAUGGCUACAACUUCGACACCGGUAACCUCAGAAAGAGUGCGAAACGAGACUCCUGAGAGCCGACGUUUGCGCGAGAAGGCUGGUGCUGAUGCUGCUUCGCAGUUGAUCUCUGCAAGAACCGCCAAAGUCUCAAAAAAGGCGAAGCAGGUCACGUAUGGCCGAACUGUCAAGAGGAAGUCCACGAUAAACGAGCCUGCGAAAUCAAAGAGAGCUAGCGCUUCGAAGCUCUGCGAGCCUGACGAGACCGCUAAUGAGGAGAUGACGGAUCGACCAGCGGCAGACUUGGAGGAGCCGCGAGUCGAUGCUAAUGUUGAAGCUGACGAUGUCUAUCAUGAGUCUGGAGCAAUGACAGUCGAGUCUGCCAGUGGCGAUAUAGACGUCGUUGGUCCCAGCAACGCCUCCGUCGCUCAAGCAGAUGUCAUACCUAGCGCUGAAGCCCCUGGAGAGACCGACGACGGGGCCCAGAAAGCAAUCCCCGCCCCGAAUCGCAUCUUCGCCCUGUUCAAAGGCAUGCCGACAAACUACUAUCCUGCGACCUGGAUUGGAGGCACGGCAGAUGGAAUGAACUACAAAGUACGCUUCGACGACGGUAACGUUACCGAAGUCGGAGUUGGCCAAGUUCGAGCUCUCGACCUCCGCAUAGGCGAUAAUGUGAGGGUGGAUGACCCUAGGACCAAAGGAAGAGUCUGGCGCGUUGCUGGCUUUGGCAAUGCUGCAAGUGCUGAAGAGCGUCAACUCGGUGUUGAUGUCUAUGGACGUGCCCGGGUCAAAGUGCAGGCUAAAAUCGGUCGGAAAGGCACCUCGAAAGGCAUACCUAACGCAAGCAAUCAGGCCGGUGGCGAGAUCUUUGAGGUUUUGCUCGAGCAGAUUUUCAUCCCACCUACGCUGUGGCCGCAACUGGAUGGGCGAGCUCAUGUUCCAGCAUCGGCUACGAAGUCGACCACUGCUGCCCCCGCGCAGACGCCGUCAACUCGUUCGCGCACUCCAAACAGCGAGACCCCAUCGUCUCGAUCUCGUCGCGCUGCAGUGCCGCCGCCAGGCCAAGUGAGAGGACGCAGCAAGAGCCGAGCUUCUCAUCUGCGCGAAGCAUCUGUUGCCUCAUACGACGUUGCACCUGUUGAUGCCCCGGCAGCUAUUUUCAGCGGCAUGGCGUUUGCCAUAUCGUACGUGGGCAACGAAGCAGAAAAGGCGGACGUUUCCAGCCUGAUCGCACGUAACGGCGGGACGAUCCUGCAAGAUGGAUUUGAGGAGCUGUUCGAGCUCCCUAGCCUUGGAGAAGGCAACACAAGUUCGCCAAAGAAAAAGUCGCCGCGGAAGCAGCAGGAAGAGUCAAAUGAAGAGCAGCGAUCUGGACUACAGCUCAAGUCCGAGAAUGAGAAUGUUGGGUUCGUCGCACUUAUCGCUGACCGGCACAGCCGAAAAGCCAAAUACAUGCAAGCGCUUGCUCUAGGGCUGCCCGCACUCUCCGGCCGCUGGGUCAUUGAUUCUCUGGACGCAUCCAGGAAUCCGACAUUAAGCAACGGCAAAGUCGCUCCCCUGGCCUGGGACACAUACCUUCUACCUUCUGGCGAGAGUAGCUAUUUGCGGGGCGCGAUACGUUCUCGCACCAUUGCUCUGCAAGAUUCUCGAUCGGCUGAGCUGCCAAAGACGGUAGCGUCUCGGCCUAUUCUUCUCCAUGGCGAGAGCGUUCUGAUUGUUGCUCCGAAGAAGGGCAAAGUUGGCUGGGACAAGCGCAAGACAUAUGCCUUCCUCACGCUUGCCCUUGGCGCUGGACAGGUGAAGCGUGUGAAUGAUCUGCAGGAAGCAAAGGCUGUGAUGGAGCAGAGCCCUGACACGCCCAAGUGGGUCUAUGUGGACGGAACUGUCGCAGAGGCUGAGAAGGUCUUGUUUGGCAAGACUGCUGCCGGCAAGAAGAGGAAGCGGGAGAGCGAUGGCGCCAGGAAAGAGGAUGGAAGCAAACUGUCUGCCACAGAUGGAAAUGUGCGGAUUGUCAAUGACGAGUUUGUUGUGCAGAGUCUCGUUUUGGGGGCUUUGACGGAGUGA